AAACACAUGCUUUCACGCAUGUCGAGUUCAAGUUUUCGAAAUCGCCCUUGACGGAUGCUACCUCUACGCUCGGAGGAACGCAUUAUCAGCCUGGGAUCGCUGGAAACCGCCUUCUGGCUUAGAAAGUGAUUUGUGAGGGAAUCAUCGUACCAUGAAAGUUCCGAACACGCAUCUCCGGGACUGGCAGGCAUUGACCCGGUGACAGCCGCGAAAAGUUCUUCGUCUACGAAUUCCAAACUGAAACUUGGAAGAUCUAAAUCGAGUCUUCGGAGAAUAGCUCUCAGGAGCUCGAGCGCAGCAUAAUGGACGCCAAAGCGUUGCUGCAAGGUAUGGGUUGGAAAGAAGGCGAAGGAUUAGGGAAAUCAAAUCAAGGAAUUUCGGAGGCGAUCAAGCCCAAGGUUCAGCUAGAUCGCAAUGGAUUGGGCCUCAACCCGGCAGCUAGCCUGAUCGAGCCUUGGUGGGCGAAAGUUUUCAAUCAGACUGCCAAAAAUGUCGUAGUUGGAGAUUCCAGUCAGGGGAGGAAAACGACGACGAAACGCACAACGAGAGAUGCGGGUUCAGCGCCCGGCCGAGACGGAGCAGUGAAACCGGUAAAGAGAAGGACGAAGAAGAUGAAGAAAACCAGGAACGCGGGAACCAGUUGUCCGUCGGAGUCGGAUUCCUUCAAAGCGCACCUAGCUUCAAUCAAUAAGAGUCUAUAUAUGGGAAGUUUCACCAAAGGCACAACAUUGCGACCCGGUGCAAGUUUCUGCGAAUCGAUAGAAAUCGGUGAUACGGCCGGAGAAGGGGUGACGGUGUGCGAUGAACCCCACUCGAAUCCAAUCGACGAAAACCUAUGGAGAAGUUGCGGGGGCCGAACCGCGCACAAGGGUGCUAGAUACGGUGUUCUAAAAGGGAAGAUGGCCCGAUUGGUGAAACAGGAGGAGGCUAUGGCGUCCAAGCUCGACGAUUCAAAAAGAAUAAUAAACUAA